AACCGAGAGUAGGCGAUCCUCCGAACGGAGAUGUUGCAAAUCUAUUUUUCGAACACGUAUCUGUGAGACAGGUGGCCGAUGAAAAAUGGCGAGAAUCCGCGCGGUAUGAGAAUCGUCGAUUGACACUUGCUCUCAAAGUCAGAUUCAAAAGAGAGAGGGAAAGAGUGUGUCGAUAAAUAGAUUUAUCCCGUGACUGUCACGCUUGACGCAAGACGGAUCGCAAAGUAAAAAAGAAAAAGUGGUCUCGCGAUGGUUCGGUUGGUGGUUGCGAAACGUCACGCGCGAUUCGUACCGUCCGCAGCAAUCGUCUAUCUGUCCGUUUGUUCGCUUCGCGAGUGACACGAGGAUGACGAUAAGUUCUUCGACGAGCAACGCAUGGCAGGGAAAACAACAACGCUAAAAUAGAUGCGAUAGAGAGAUGAAAUAUCGUCGUUCGUUUACGAUAUUCGCGCAGCAAACCGAUACCAGUAGUGAUUCUCCACCAGUAGUGUGAACCUUGAACGGUCGUUCGCUCGAGGUUAUAGGCAGUUAUGCGUCUUACAAACGUCGAUCGAGGUAGAUCGAGCCGCGUUUGGCAGAUACGACGAAUGGACGGUGCUACGAUUGACGCGUUGACAGUUCACGGCCGAAGAUGCGCGCUACUCGGCGCUCUUUAAAGUCGACGUCUUGUUAGUGAGAGCGGGAUCCGUUCAACUCUGGCUGUGAAAAAAUUGUGCAACGUAACUGUAUCGAGUCCAAAGAGUAUAUAGAUAUACAUAUAUAAAAAUACUGGUCAAGAUGGAUCAAGAAACGGUUUACGGCACGCACGAGGAUAGUCAUGUUGUCAUGUCAGAGAAAGUGCAAUCUUUGGCAGGCAGCAUCUAUCAAGAGUUUGAGAAGAUGAUAGCGAGAUAUGAUGAAGAUGUAGUGAAAGACUUGAUGCCUCUGCUAGUCAAUGUAUUAGAAUGUCUGGAUAUAUCCUAUACUGAGAAUCAAGAGCGGGAAGUAGAAUUAGAGUUAUUGAGGGAAGACAACGAGCAGCUUGUCACACAGUAUGAAAGGGAAAAACAAUUGAGAAAGGCGUCAGAUCAGAAACUUCUUGAACUGGAAGAUAUAUCUGAGGACGAGAGAAAGGAGCUUUUGUCAAAGAUUGAUAGCUUGGAAUCUAUUGUAAGAAUGCUGGAACUGAAGACUAAAAACUCCCACGAUCACGUUGGCCGGCUUGAAGAGAAAGAAGCUGAACUAAAACGAGAAUAUUCCCGGCUACAUGAUAGAUAUACGGAAUUAUUCAAGACCCAUGUCGAUUACAUGGAGAGAACGAAAAUGCUGGUUGGUAGUACAGAAAGAUUGGAAAGUGUAUCUACAAGUCGCGCGCCGUCGCGAUUACCUUCUCUUGGUCUCGCCCAUAUGUCGCGCAGUUCCGGACCGCUUAGCUACGGUUUUCAAAGUCUAGAGGCUAGCAUGAAUUCGGAAGAUGUUCACGAGGAUAUUGUACCCAACGCCGCUAAUUUAAGAACUGAAAUGUUGGACAGUAGUAGCGAAGCCGCUAUCGAAACAUCUGAUAAGAGCCAGCUAACCGAUCAACCGGUGCAGGAGAAUAAGACUACGGCUAUAUCUAGACGUAUGUUGUAUGAAAGUCCGGAAACGGAAGUACCGCCAACUUUGAUGACACCAACGACACCGACUGCUGGAAUGGAGAAAUUGGCGACUACGCCAGGAGGUAGAAGCAGAACCGAAAGAGAACAACGAAGCGGCAAUACAUUGUAUCAGGAAUUGAGUUUCCAAGACGCUGAUGCUCUGGGCGAGAUGGACGAGGGCGCAGACAUUACCGGAAGCUUGGUACAUCCUGGUGAAUAUGCUUCAUCAGUCAAUGACAACUUCUUUGGUAUGGGAAAAGAAGUGGAGAAUCUCAUUAUGGAAAACAAUGAACUGUUAGCAACAAAAAACGCGCUUAAUGUCGUCAAGGAUGACCUAAUUGUUAAAGUGGAUGAAUUGACAAGUGAGCAAGAGAUAUUGCGAGAAGAGGUUCGAGGUUUACAACAGGCGCGGGAACGAUUACGACAACGAAUCGCCGCCCUCGAAGAAGAACUGAAGAAAGCCAAAGAAGAAGCAGAGGCGGCGGCAAAAGCGACGAAAAGCGAUGAUGAGGAGGAUGUACCUCUAUCUCAGAGAAAGCGAUUCACGCGAGUGGAGAUGGCGAGAGUGCUCAUGGAACGAAAUCAGUACAAGGAACGAUUCAUCGAACUUCAAGAUGCUGUCAGGUGGACGGAGAUGAUAAGAGCCAGCAAAACCGUCCCUUCCAGUAUCUCGGGUGGCAAGGGAGGUUCGGUAUGGAAGUUUUUUAGUAAUCUCUUCACAGGCCCGGCCGAUCGAGGAACAUUGGUGCGUUCCGCGCAUACGCUACCGCACGUGCGGUACAGCGCGCCGGCGAAUCAGGUUGUUCCAGCGCCGCCCUUGGAUGCCAUGCGUAGACGUACGUUGAAAAGUCGUCAAGAUUUUCUCGACCAAGGAGACACCAUAUCGUCCGAAAAGCUCGUAGCGAGACGCGCGAGCGAACGAAGAGAGCAGUAUCGUCAGGUGCGAGCACACGUCAAGAAGGAGGACGGUCGUUUGCAAGCUUAUGGAUGGAGCUUACCGGGAAAGCCAAGCGCUCCUGUUAGACAACCUCCUGUUCCAGUCCCCGUGUAUUGUCGACCUUUGCAAGAAACUGAGCCAGGCAUGAAAAUUUGGUGUGGUGCUGGUGUAAAUCUAAGCGGCGGUAAGACGCGCGACGGCGGAUGCAUGAUCGGCGGAAGUGUAUUCUACGCCGCCGAAGCUCAGGAAACGACGAGCGGUAAUGCGAAGACGGAGGCCGAGGAUGCCGUCGAACAUCUGGACAAAGAGCUUCAGGAGAGCGAAAAUCGGCGGCUCGAGGCGGAACGAUGGGAGCAACAGUUGAGCUCACUCGUCUGGAUCUGCACCUCGACCCAAAAAAUGUCCAAGGUUACCGUGAUAGAUGCGAACAAUCCGGCGGACAUUCUCGAAGUGUUCAAUGUUUGUCAGGGACACUUGCUUUGCAUCGCGAGCGUGCCCGGUGCUAAGGAGAGUGAUUAUGCGCAAUCCUCGAACGAGAAUUCUGUUCGCAAUUCGGUGAACGGUAGCACGACGAACGAUAACGAGAACAACAACGGCGCUUACGAGGACGUUACGAACGCGAACGAGAAUGCCGAACAAAGUAACGAUCGAAAGAAUCAUCAAGAUAUCGAUGCUGCGGUUGAUAAAAAUAAAAACGAAUCUGACAAUCAGUCGGAGGAUCAGGCGAACGAGAACACCGAAAAAACUGCCGAAACAGAUCAGAAUUCUACGACGAAUGAGCCUCAGAGUUUGGAGAGUAUAGAUAGCGAGACUGCGAAUCUUGGAAAGGUACAUUUUGUACGCAACGUGGAAGCGCAUCCUUCGCGAUUGAACGAUAAAGACAUCGUGAACGAAGAAACAAAGGAGGAAGUUGUUGAGGAGGAGACACCCAUCGAGAAAAUGUCGUCUAUACAACCGACCAUGUGGCUCGGAGCUCAGAAUGGCGCAGUUUUUGUUCAUUCGGCCGUUGCCAAGUGGUCGGUUUGCUUACAUUCUGUGAAGCUGAAGGAUGCGGCGUUAGCUAUCGUACACGUGCAAGGCCGAGUUCUAGUCGCUUUAGCAGAUGGAACUGUAACGAUAUUUCGUAGAGGCGCGGAUGGACAAUGGGAUCUGUCUCAGUACCAUGUGAUUACGCUUGGUAGCCCUCAACAUUCUAUCAGAUGCAUGACCGCAGUUAGCGGUAAAACCGUGUGGUGCGGAUAUAGAAACAAAAUUCAUGUGAUCGAUCCCAUUUCGAUGACGCUUGAGUGCACAGUGGAUGCACAUCCUCGCAGAGAGUCUCAGGUGCGACAAUUGGCGUGGUUAGGUGAUGGCGUGUGGAUCAGCAUCAGGCUCGAUUCAACGUUAAGACUCUAUCACGCUCAUACCUAUCAACAUCUCCAAGAUGUCGACAUAGAACCGUACGUCAGCAAAAUGCUCGGUACGGGAAAGCUGGGAUUUUCCUUCGUACGCAUUACUGCUUUGCUUAUUUCCUCGAAUAGAUUAUGGAUCGGCACCGGCAACGGAGUGAUAAUUUCGGUCCCGCUGUCAGAAAGCGCGGGUGGUUCAAUGGCGGUGUCUAGAAUCCAGACCAGUGGUAAUAAAGGCGACGCACCCGGCGUCGGAGUCAGGAUCUUCGCGUCGGAACGAGGUGUCACACCGGGAAGCUUCAUUCCUUAUUGCAGUAUGGCCCAUGCUCAGCUCAGUUUCCACGGACACAGAGAUGCCGUCAAAAUGUUCGUCGCUGUACCCGGUCACGGUGGUCAGAGUGCAGUGACGGACGGGACGCAACCUGCGAUGCUUGUUCUUUCCGGUGGUGAGGGUUAUAUCGAUUUCAGGGUCGCGGAUGAGGCUGAAGACGAGAGUGAUGUGGCAACACACUUAAUUGUGUGGCAAAUGGUCAGGUGAUGGAGAAGAGACGGAGGAGAGCAUGGACCGGUCGAACGCUACGGUCAACAAUGGCACGGAGGAACAUGGUGAACAGAGUCAUCUAAUUGUGUGGCAAGUGCAGUGUCCUUUACCGAUACCAAUGAACGGCUAGCCUAGAGAAGAAAUGGAUUCGCUGGAUAAUCUAACUUUCUGUAGCACAACAUUACAUCGUCAAUGGAUCAUCAAUGGAUCAUAAAUUGUGAACCAUUGAUUCGCUGCAAACUAAUAUGCUACAUUUACAUCUAGAUAUACAUAUAUAUAUAUAUAAAGAUUGUAGCAGAAUAUGUUAAUAAUUUCCAAGAUAAUUAUCACAAUUUUUCGUACUAGCAGAGCGGAGAUGAUGUCAAAUCGAUUUUUUUUCUCAAAUUAAAAAUCAGUUAACUUCUCAAGAUUCUUCCAUAGCAGAGGCAAACUCGCUAUGUGACAAUUCUUGCAUGCGUGUGCAGAUUAGAAAAAAUCUAUAAAACCUAUUGAUAUAAUCUGGAAUCUUUCACAUAAUUUCGAUACAAAAUCUCCGAUGUCUCGCUUAUUUCGUAAUUAAAUCGUAUCUUUAUAAACUUGAAGCUUGUAUACGUAUAAAUCGAGCGACUUAGGAUCGAAUUAUUUAAUCAAACGAUACUUGUCGAAAGGUUUUUCUCUCGCGAGUGUCUACUUCAAAAAUAUCAUGUUCUAUGCAAUAGUAACAGGAAAAACGUUAUCUUUCUGCCGAUAAUUGUGAUAAUAUCCGAAGGCGAUAUAGGUCGCGAAAUGAGUUUUGAAGCUGCCGUGUGACAUUUGCUACAUUGCUGCAAUAAAUCUGUUCAAAGUCAUCACUUUGCGCAUGUUGAAGAAUAUUUCACCGUUUAUAAACGAUGAGAAAUAGAUGCGUGCAAUCUCAGGCAGUCUUUUAGGCAUAUAUAUAUAUAUAUAGAACAUAAUAUUAAUUUCCCGUCGGAGAGAGUAUAUUAUUUUCCUGACCUAAUCAAUUUUAUUAUCACGUACAUCGUGUUUAGCAUAACUUAACGAUAAUAAUAUAUAUAUAAUUAUAUAAUAAUUAAAAUAUAUAUAUAUAAUAUAUAUUCCCCUCUCUCUUCUUGAUCAAGCAUUGUUAAAUCGUGCCCGGCGAAACCUAGAAUCUUUGCAAUUUACACGAUUCAUUUAGUAGGAAUGCAUCAAUGAUGUAAAUAAUAACAAAAUGUUUAUAUAGCGUCCUAUGUGUGUGUGCGUGUGUGUGUGCGCGCGCGUGUAGAUUCAUUAUUUAAUUUCGAGCGGAAUCAUUUUAUAAAUAUGUAAGACCUGUUCUCUCUCUAUAUUCUUGCAACUUUAUAACUCCAACUCUUUAGUAUGCUGCCAAAGAAGUGGAACGACGAUCCAAUUAUAUGUCGUUUACAUUAUUUACAACGAGGAUUAUGCUUCGAAUGCGUAUGCUCUUGUUUUUUUGCUCUCGGCCGAGUCAUCAAGUGACACACAACCGGAUUGAUACAAUUUUGUAAAUCACGUCACGUUAAAGCGACAUUUCCCAAUCUGACUAUUUAGAUACGUGCAAUAACAGAGCUACGCACUGUCGCGCGAGCUGGCUUUUAAUGUCGAGCUCGGAAUUGUACCUGGCUCAGGUGGCGUUAUGUAACGGCAUUAAUAAACGAAAAGUUACGGAAGAA